AUGAUGAAUAAUGGUAAAAGGAAGGGUUUGAUUGCAUUAUUCCCAAGGCUCCCAAUUGGAUGGAAAGGGUUUAGAGGAUUAAUGGAGGAUGCUCGUUCAAGUGGAAGGAAUACUAUGAUACAAGAAGAAGAAAAUCAAAGUCUGAUGGUGGUAUCAAAAUGUAGAGUCACAGAGCAAGGAAAUGGGGCAUGGGCUGAGAUGCAUAAGGAAAAUACUCCUGCAAAUGUUAACGGGGAUGAAAAUACGCUUAAAGAAAAGGUUAAAUGGAGGUGUGUUGUG